AUGGAACCGGCUCGUGCCAGAUGGGUUUUCCCGUGUCUCGAUGAACCUGCCUACAAGGCCGUGUUCCACAUAACGUUGAUUUAUCCGAGGGGUUUGGUGGCUUUGGCAAAUGCCAUGGAAAGACCUGCUGUUCCAGUGAAGUAUGUCUUCAUUAGUUCUCCGAUAAGUCCCAUUACAAUUCUACCUGUAGAAUCUCCAGGAACUGGAACUGCAGAAAAAUUUUGCGAACAAAAUUAA